UUCUCUUCUUUGUCUUUAUUUUUUUUAACAAACCCUAACUUGUUCUAUUGGCUGCCCUUCCUCACCUUAGCUUCUCGUCCAUUUCUCGGCCCUCCCAAAACCCGCGGUCCUGCUCUUCAUUCUAUCGAUCGACGGCGGAGUGGAGGAGCCUGAGAGGCGGCAGCCAUGAUCUGCGCGAUUUCCGGCGAAGUGCCGGAGGACCCCGUGAUAUCCAAGAAGUCCGGGCUUUUGUAUGAGCGCAGGCUGAUCGAACGCCAUAUUGCUGAUUAUGGAAAGUGCCCUGUUACGAAGGAGGAGCUUUCGAUGGAUGACAUCUUACCUGUGAAGAUUAAUAAGGUUGUGAAGCCUAGACCUUUGCAGGCUGCAAGUAUCCCAGGAUUGCUUGGCAUGUUUCAGAAUGAAUGGGAUGCUUUAAUGUUAUCUAGUUUUGCCUUGGAGCAGCAGUUGCAUACCGCAAGGCAAGAACUUAGUCAUGCCUUGUAUCAGCAUGAUGCUGCUUGCCGUGUAAUAGCAAGGUUAAAAAAGGAAAGGGAUGAAGCAAGGGUGCUUUUAGCUCAAGCUGAGAGACAAAUUCCUUUAUCAUCUGCUGUUAUUGCAAAUGACAAUGCCAUUGUUAGCAAUGGGAAAAGAGCUGCAGAGGAUGAAUUUGGUCCUGACGGGAAAAGAAUUCGUCCGGGCAUCACUUCUGCCAUUAUCACUGAACUUACCGAGUGUAAUUCUAUGCUGUCGGGACAGAGGAAAAAGCGUCAGGUUCCACCAACAUUGGCAUCCAUUGAUGCUUUGGAAAGAUAUACUCAAGUAUCCAGCCAUCCCCUUCAUCGGACUAACAAGCCAGGCAUUCUCACGGUGGAUAUUCAUCCUUCAAAGGAUCUCAUUGCAACAGGAGGAGUUGAUACAAAUGCAGUACUUUAUGAUCGGUCUUCAGGUCAGAUCUUAUGUACCCUCACCGGACACUCCAAAAAGGUAACAAGCGUGAAAUUUGUGCCAAAGGAUGAGCUUUUUGUGACUGCAUCUGGAGACAAGACUGUUCGUGUUUGGCAAGGGACUGAUGAUGGGAAUUACAGUUGCAGACACAUCCUGAAGGACCAUACUGCUGAUGUCCAAUCUGUGACGGUCCAUGCCACUCAUAAAUACUGUGUUACAGCCUCCUUAGACAACACUUGGUGUUUCUAUGAUCUGGCCUCCGGAACUUGCUUAACUCAGGUUGGUGAACCCUCUGGACAGGAAGGCUAUACUUCUGCUGCCUUCCAUCCUGAUGGACUUAUCCUUGGAACUGGCACUUCUGAAGCCCUAGUUAGAAUAUGGGAUGUGAAAUCUCAGUCAAAUGUUGCCAAGUUUGAUGGACAUAUGGGAUCUGUAACAGCCAUGUCAUUUUCUGAAAAUGGUUAUUUUCUUGCGACUGCAGCCCUAGAUGGUGUCAAGCUUUGGGAUCUUAGGAAAUUGAAAAAUUUCAGAUCAUUUGCACCUUAUGACUCUAACACUUCAACAAACGCUGUUGAAUUCGACUACAGUGGGAGUUAUCUUGCUAUUGCGGGUUCUGAUGUAAGGGUUUACCAAGUGGCAAAUGUAAAAUUGGAGUGGAAUCUCAUCAAAUCUUUCCCUGAUUUGUCAGGAACAGGUAAAGUGACAAGCGUGAAGUUUGGAACGGAUGCCAAGUACUUGGCCGUUGGCUCCAUGGACAGAAACCUCAGGAUCUUUGGCCUUCCAGAGGGCGAACUAGAAGAGCCUAGUAGGUCCAUGGACGAGUAAUCAAUGAUCUAAAAUACAUUCUGCAACCAAAAUUCUGCAAAGUUCAUCUUUAACAACAACAUAAAUGCAGAUCCACAGGAUUGAAGAGUUCAUUAUUAACACAUCAAUGGUCAUUCUAAUCCUGUUGGAAUGUUCCUUAUUGCCUCACAAGCAGCUCAAAUGAUGGUAGAAAAUGCAAUAACUUUUCCUUCUGUUAAGUUUGUGUAUUAUAGUUAUGCAGUUUCACUUUACCUCUGACAUCCUAAUUUUGUUUUGAAUUUUCAUACAUUUUUGAUGUUUUAUUGAGAGGUUAAGAAAGCUAUUGAGCGAUUAGAGUUUAAUUUACUGUGUAAUUUUGUGACAGUGCUUUGUUUUAUACUUUUGGCUCAGAACAGUUUUUAGAACCAUUUUUA